UGCGACACGCAAAGCGAAAGGGCGUCCGGGAGAGGGUUGUGCUUGACUAGGUGGUUACUUUACCGUUUUGCAGUAUACCGGAUUAUACACGAAAAAUAUAUUUAUACCGACAAGGGGAUAUUCUGGUGAAUUGGUGGCAAUAUUUAGAAAGUUUCUUCAAAAUACAACCUUAGUGAAAAUAUCUUUUCUCGUAAGAGAUGGAGUGGAAAGGUCUUUGUAACUGUUUUGUUCUUUACUGUAUAGUGUGGAUAUACAAUGUAAACUUCUCAGGUGGUGUCCCUUAUCUCUCCAGACCUGUGACACUUCAGCCAUUUUAUGACAGCUACAUAGGUAGUGACUUCCUGUUUGUAGAUGGACAACACUACCUGCAAGACACCUACUUGUAUGGGUUUGCAGCCUUUGUCAGUCCUAAGCAUGAGAAAUACAAUGUCCAGGGCAAUUUUGCACUGGGAAUCACAUUUCAGAUUUGGAGAAAACUUGAUGCUAUGACAUUUUCAAUGGAAUACUGUGUUCCUGGACAUUUUACUGGUACUGGGUUGCAAUGGGUGAAUCUGACCACCCCUUGCUAUCUGCCUAGCACAAACAAGUACUAUAUAGGAUGGGAUUAUGAGCCAGAUGUGUCAGUGAUAACCUUCGCUUUGGAAACUGGAUAUGAAUUAUUCAGAAAAGAAUCACCUGGUCAAUCUUAUUCCACUGUUACAUUAAAUGAAGAAACUCCCUACAAAUAUUCUGUUGCAGCCCUGAUUGAUGAUGGGCCAAUCAGCGGUGGCGUAGUCUGCAGUGGUAUAGGAGCAAGUACACAGCAAUUGUCCACUCAGAUCCCUACCACCACCGCAACCACCACCACCACCAGCAGCAGCACGACCCCCACCACCACCUCGACAACAACCAGCUCGACCACCACCACUUCCUCGACCACCACCAGCACGACCAUCACCUCGACGACCACCACCACCCCUACAACCACCACAGAGAAGACCACACCCCUUCCUACCAAACCAGCUCCAACCAGCACAACCACCUUGAUAGUACAGACUACAUCCUCCACGGGAAAAGCAAAGGCUGGUCCCCAAGGUCCCACUGGUGAACCAGGCCCACCUGGCUUAAAUGGAAUUGAUGGGAUGGACGGGCUACCAGGAAUGGCCGGAUCUAAGGGCGAGAAAGGGGAACAAGGUGAAACUGGGCCCAAGGGGGCUAGCGGACCAACAGGGGCUGCUGGUCCAUCUGGAUUAAACGGUGUGAAUGGACCCUUAGGCCCUAAAGGAUUAAAAGGAGAUCAAGGAUUGAAAGGAGAUACUGGUGACACUGGUCCUGCAGGGCCAACGGGUCCCCCAGGAAACACAAAAGGAGGAGGUGCCGGGUUUCCUGGUAAAAAAGGACAAAAAGGUGCUGAAGGACCCACUGGUCAGACUGGUUUGAGAGGUAUCCCUGGCUACACUGGGGUCAAAGGUCCUAGAGGGUAUCAUGGUCACGAAGGUUUAACAGGAGAGCCAGGUCCACCAGGCCCCAAAGGAGAGAAGGGUGCUAUAGGGGGUAGUUUUUCAGUGCCAGAAGAUUUGUGUCAGACCAACAAUGGUGGCUGUUCACACAUGUGUAUCAAUACAGCACAUGGUUACUAUUGCUACUGCAGGCCAGGUUACCAGCUGGUGCCUGUAAAAACUGACUGUAUUAGUGCUGACCAGUGUCACUAUGAAAAGACACCCAACCUCUACAUUGAGCUUCACAAUGAUAAGGUUUACACUGGUAUCUCUGAUGUUGCUGUUUGUCAAAGACUCUGUGAGGAAACUACAGAAAUUGCCUGUAGAUCCAUAGAGUAUGUCCGGUCUCGCGGCCCAGAGGGCACCACUGAACAGUGUCACCUUUCUUCAUCUACACUGGAAAUGGUUGGAACAUCAUCCAUCAAAGAAGAUAACAGCGUGGAUUACUAUGCACGAAGAUGCCUUGAAAAAGUACUGCGUCCUGAUAGGCUUCACUGCAUUUCCCAUGUUAGACUUGAUCCAAUCUGUGUCUGCAACAGUGAAGAUGGCUCCUCAACUACACCAGUCAAUGGGACAGAAUGCAUCAACAAAAAUGAGUGCUCACAUGAAAAUGCUGGUUGCUCACACUCUUGUGAAGACACCGUCGGAUCAUAUGAGUGUAAAUGUCCAGCUGGAUACUCUUUAUCAGACAACGGCCAUGACUGUAUAGAAGAUGUCCUCUGUUCUCAAAAUUAUGCUUCUUGUCAGCAUGCAUUCCCACUGAAACAAGAUGAACCGACUGAUGCCUCCCAACUAAAGUCCUACAUGUUGAAUGCACUGACUGCUCUAAAAAGAAAAACUUCAUCACUUUUGGUUUGGUUAGUUGUGUUGUCCAUGCUCAUGUUGGUGACCUUGGCUUUCUUUAUUAAACAGCAGUACCUUUCAUGCUGUCAACGACAAAAAACCAACAAGAGUUUUGACUCGAUUCAUAGUAGUAAGGACAGUAACUGGUCUUUCUCUGUCGGUUCACAGACUUCUCCAGACCAAUCUCAAUCUGCUGUAUGUAAAAUGGCUGGUGAUAUGUCCAAUCACCAAGAGAUGGAUAAUAGGCAUAACUGA